GACAGCCGAGCGAAAAAAAAAAAAAACAAACCUCCAGCUCUGUAUUUGUUUUUGUUUACUUUUACGCCGCCACCAUGUCGAAUCCGCAGGAGGAACUGCUGCCGCCCAGCGCCGAGGACGACGAGCUGACCCUUCCGCGCGCCAGCAUCAACAAAAUAAUCAAGGAGCUGGUGCCCACGGUACGGGUGGCCAACGAGAGUCGCGAGCUGAUCCUGAACUGCUGCUCCGAGUUCAUCCACCUUAUCAGCUCCGAGGCCAACGAGGUGUGCAAUAUGCGCAACAAAAAGACAAUCAAUGCAGAGCACGUCCUGGAGGCGCUGGAGCGGUUGGGAUUCCACGACUACAAGCAGGAGGCGGAGGCCGUUCUUCACGACUGCAAAGAGGUAGCAGCCAAGCGGCGACGACAGAGCACACGUUUGGAGAAUCUGGGCAUUCCGGAGGAGGAGCUGCUGCGCCAGCAACAAGAACUGUUCGCCAAGGCACGCGAGGAACAGGCGCGCGAAGAGCAACAACAGUGGGUGAGCAUGCAGGCUGCUGCCAUGGUGCAGCGGCAGCCGCAGGCCGAUGGCUCCAUCGCCAGCAAGCCCAGCGAAGAUGAUGAGGACGAGGACGACGACGACUACUAGUAAAUGAUUUCUUCAAUACACCUAAUGUGUAACUUUAAGCUUACAAAAUAUAUUGCCAUAAGUACUAUCAACUAA